UGAAGGUAUGAGGACGUGACUCUGUGUCCUCAGAUGAGACACGGAAAGACGGCAGGACAGACCAGGGACAAUCAACAGCGUCUGGUGUCCACAUGAAGGUGGACAGUGUGUGUGUGUGAGUGGACCUGAGCUCAGAUCAGCAGCAGGUGGCGCUCCACUAUGAAUCAGAUCAAGGACAGGGAAGAGGAAGCUCUGCCCACUAUAACCACACUGUGUGAGGAACAUGAGGGUCAGAGGAGGAUCCAUCAACAGAGACCAGACUCUGCUGGACCUGGACCCAGCUGUGUCUCCAUGUCGAGUGACUGCUCCAUGGGUCAACCUGUGGACGUCAAACAAGAACAGAGGAGGAUCCAUCAACAGGGACCAGACUCUGCCAGACCUGGACCCAGCUGUGUGUCCAUGAAGAGUGACCGGUCUAUGGGUCGUCUUAUUGACUUCGGAGAGACUCAGAGAAUUAAGAAUCAACAUGAAAAACAAGACUUUCCAGGACCUGGACCCAGUUGUGUGUCCAUGAAGAGUGACCAGUCUAUAGGUCGUCUUAUUGACUUCAAGGAUGGACAAAAACAUGGUGAACUGAUAGUUGAUCAGCAGAGGACAGAGGUUCUCAGUGGUCAGUCUGUCCAGUGGCAUCGAGCAGACCUGGACUCCAUAUUUAAGCUGCUGGAGGAGAACAUCAUCUGCUUUGUGAAGAAUGAGCUGAAGAACAUCCAGAAGGUUCUGGGUACAGAUCACACAAAAGUCUCAGAGAGUUGGGAAGAAGAUAGAGACUUGUUCGAUGGUGAGGAUAAGGAGCAGAGGAUCAGCAGAGAGGCCUUUCUGAAGAUCACAGAUAACUUCUUGAGGAGGAUGAAGCAGCAGAAGCUAGCUGACUGUCUACAGAGAAACACCAGAGUUUCAGCUUGUCGACAUGAACUCAAAUCAAACCUAAAGAAGAAGUUUCAGUGUUUGUUUGAGGGUGUGGCUAAAGCAGGAAACCCCACCCUUCUUAAUGAGAUAUUCACAGAGCUUUACAUCACAGAGGGAGGGACUGGAGAGGUCAACGAAGAACAUGAGGUCAGACAGAUUGAAAAAGCUUCCUGGAAACCGGACAGACCAGAAACAACCAUCAGACAAGAAGACAUCUUCAAAGCCUCAGCUGGAAGAGACGGACCAAUCAGAAGAGUGAUGACAAAGGGCGUGGCUGGCAUUGGGAAAACAGUCUUAACACAGAAGUUCACUCUGGACUGGGCUGAAGACAAAACCAACCAGGACAUACAGUUCAUGUUUCCCUUCACCUUCAGAGAGCUGAAUGUGCUGAAAGAGAAGAAGUACAGUUUGGUGGAACUCAUCCAUCACUUCUUCACUGAAACCAAAGAAGCAGGAAUCUGCAGGUUUGAAGACUUUAGGGUGGUCUUCAUCUUUGAUGGUCUGGACGAGUGUCGACUUCCUCUGGACUUCCACAACACUGAGAUCCUGACUGAUGUCACAGCGUCCACCUCAGUGGACAUGCUGCUGACAAACCUCAUCAGAGGGAAACUGCUUCCCUCUGCUCGCCUCUGGAUAACCACACGACCUGCAGCAGCCAAUCAGAUCCCUCCUAACUGUGUUGACAUGGUGACAGAGGUCAGAGGGUUCACAGACCCACAGAAGGAGGACUACUUCAGGAAGAGGUUCAGAGAUGAAGAGCAGGCCAGGAGGAUCAUCUCCCACAUCCAGACAUCACGAAGCCUCCACAUCAUGUGCCACAUCCCAGUCUUCUGCUGGAUCACUGCAACUGUUCUGGAGAACAUGUUGAAACCCAGAGAUGGGGAACUGCCCAAGACCCUGACUGAGAUGUACAUCCACUUCCUGGUGGUUCAGUCCAAAGUGAAGAAGGUCAAAUAUGAUGGAGGAGCUGAGACAGAUCCACACUGGAGUCCAGAGAACAGGAUGAUGGUUGAGUCUCUGGGGAAACUGGCUUUUGAGCAGCUGCAGAAAGGAAACCUGAUCUUCUAUAAAUCCGACCUGACAGAGUGUGGCAUCAAUAUCACAGCUGCUUCAGUUUACUCAGGAGUCUUCACUCAGAUCUUUAAAGAGGAGAGAGGCCUGUACCAGGACAAGGUCUUCUGCUUUGUCCAUCUGAGUGUUCAAGAGUUUCUGGCUGCUCUUCAUGUCCAUCUGACCUUCAUCACCUCUGGAACAAAUCUGUUGUCAGAACCAACAACGAGCCAGAAGUCCAGACUCUUUAGACACAAACAUCAUCUGCACCAGAGUGCUGUGGACAAGGCCUUACUGAGUCCAAAUGGACACCUGGACUUGUUCCUCCGCUUCCUCCUUGGUCUUUCACUGAAGACCAAUCAGAAGCUCUUAAGAGGUCUACUGACACAAACUGGAAGUGGUUCACAGACCAAUCAGAAAACAGUUGAGUACAUCAAGAAGUUGAUCAGUGAGAAUCUGUCAGCAGAGAGAAGCAUCAACCUGUUCCACUGUCUGAAUGAACUGAACCAUCGAUCAAUUGUGAAGGAGAUCCAAGAUUCCCUGAGAUCUGGACAUCUGUCCACAAAGACACUGUCUCAUGCUCAGUGGUCAGCUCUGGUCUUCAUCUUACUGUCAUCAGGAAAAGAUCUGGAAGAUUUUGACCUGAAGAAAUACUCUGCUUCAAAGGAGGCUCUUCUGAAGCUGCUGCCAGUGGUCAAAGCCUCCAACAAAGCUCUGUACGUGGAUCAAUAUAUAAAUAUUAAUAAGACAUAUUCUAAAGACCACAAGAGAAACAUGUUUAACUUUUUGUUCAUCACUGUUUUCUACCUCAGACUGAGUGACUGUAACCUCUCAGAGAGGAGCUGUGAAGCUCUGUCCUCAGUCCUCAGCUCUCUGUCCUCGAGUCUGAGACACCUGGACCUGAGUAACAAUGACCUGCAGGAUUCAGGACUGAAGCUGCUGUGUGAUGGACUGAAGAGUCCUCACUGUUCUCUGGAGACUCUCAGUCUGUCAGGUUGUCUGGUCACAGAGGAAGGAUGUUCUUCUUUGACCUCAGCUCUGAACUCCAACCCCUCCCAUCUGAGAGAACUGGACCUGAGCUACAAUCAUCCAGGAGACUCAGGAAAGAAGCUACUGUCUGCUGGACUGAAGAGUCCACGCUGGAGACUGGACACUAUCAGGAUGGACCAUGCUGGAGAGCAGUGGCUGAAACCUGGUCUCAGGAAGUAUUCAUGUGAACUGGAACCAGAUACAAACACAUUGAACAGAAAACUCCAACUGUCUGACGACAACAGGAAAGUGACCUGUGUGAGAGAAGAUCAGUCGUAUCCUGAUCAUCCAGACAGAUUUGAGGUCUGUCCUCAGCUGCUGUGUAGAACUGGUCUGACUGGUCGCUGUUACUGGGAGGUCAAGUGGAGAGGAGAUGUUUUUAUAUCACUGAGUUACAGAGGAAUCAAGAGGAAAGGCAACAGUUCUGAAUGUUGGUUUGGACUUAAUGAUCAGUCCUGGAGUCUGAGCUGCUCUGAUGAUCAUGGUUACUCUGUCCAUCACUGUAGAGCAGUAACACACAUCAGGUCAUCCUCUGUCUCUCCCCGAGUAUCAGUGUAUGUGGACUGUCCUGCUGGGACUCUGUCCUUCUACAGCGUCUCCUCUGACUCACUGAUCCACCUCCACACCUUCAGGACCACAUUCACUGAACCGGUUUAUCCUGGGUUCUAUAUCUCUCGUGGUUCCUCGCUGUCUCUGUGUUCUCUAAUUAGAAAUCAACACAAAAUACAAGACUUUCUCCUCAAAGUUGACCAGCAGAGGACAAAGGUUCUCCGUGGUCAGUCUGUCCAGCAGCAUCGAGCAGACCUGGACUCCAUAAUUAAGCUGCUGGAGGAGAACAUCAUCUGCUUUGUGAAGAACGAGCUGAAGAAGAUCCAGAAGGUUCUGGAUGCAGAUCACACAGAAGUCUCAGAGAGUCAGAGGGAGGAUGAGGAGGUGUUGGAUGGUGAAAAUGAGGAGCAGAGGAGCAGCAGAGAGGCCUUUCUGAAGAUCACAGAUAACUUCUUGAGGAGGAUGAAGCAGGAGAAGCUAGCUGACUGUCUGCAGAGCAAAACCAGAGCUCCAGCUUGUCGAUGUGAACUCAAAUCAAACCUAAAGAAGAAGUUCCAGUGUUUGUUUGAGGGUGUGGCUAAAGCAGGAAACCCCACCCUUCUUAAUGAGAUAUUCACAGAGCUUUACAUCACAGAGGGAGGGACUGGAGAGGUCAACGAAGAACAUGAGGUCAGACAGAUUGAAAAAGCUUCCUGGAAACCAGACAGACCAGAAACAACCAUCAGACAAGAAGACAUCUUCAAAGCCUCAGCUGGAAGAAACAGACCAAUCAGAAGAGUGAUGACAAAGGGAGUGGCUGGCAUUGGGAAAACAGUCUUAACACAGAAGUUCACUCUGGACUGGGCUGAAGACAAAACCAACCAGGACAUACAGUUCAUGUUUCCCUUCACCUUCAGAGAGCUGAAUGUGCUGAAAGAGAAGAAGUACAGUUUGGUGGAACUCAUCCAUCACUUCUUCACUGAAACCAAAGAAGCAGGAAUCUGCAGGUUUGAAGACUUUAGGGUGGUCUUCAUCUUUGAUGGUCUGGACGAGUGUCGACUUCCUCUUGACUUCCACAACACUGAGAACCUGACUGAUGUCACAGCGUCCACCUCAGUGGACGUGCUGCUGACAAACCUCAUCAAAGGGAAUCUGCUUCCCUCUGCUCGCCUCUGGAUAACCACACGACCUGCAGCAGCCAAUCAGAUCCCUCCUGACUGUGUUGACAUGGUGACAGAGGUCAGAGGGUUCACGGACCCACAGAAGGAGGACUACUUCAGGAAGAGGUUCAGAGAUGAAGAGCAGGCCAGGAGGAUCAUCUCCCACAUCCAGACAUCACGAAGCCUCCGCAUCAUGUGCCACAUCCCAGUCUUCUGCUGGAUCACAGCAACUGUUCUGGAGAACAUGUUGAAACCCAGAGAUGGAGAACUGCCCAAGACCCUGACUGAGAUGUACAUCCACUUCCUGGUGGUUCAGUCCAAAGUGAAGAAGGUCAAAUAUGACGGAGGAGCUGAGACAGAUCCACACUGGAGUCCAGAGAACAGGAUGAUGGUUGAGUCUCUGGGGAAACUGGCUUUUGAGCAGCUGCAGAAAGGAAACCUGAUCUUCUAUGAAUCAGACCUGACAGAGUGUGGCAUCGAUAUCACAGCUGCUUCAGUUUACUCAGGAGUCUUCACUCAGAUCUUUAAAGAGGAGAGAGGCCUGUACCAGGACAAGGUCUUCUGCUUUGUUCAUCUGAGUGUUCAGGAGUUUCUGGCUGCUCUUCAUGUCCAUCUGACCUUCAACACCUCUGGAACUAAUCUGUUGUCAGAAGACCCAACAAUGGGCCAGACGUCCAGACUGUUUAGACACAAACAUCAUCUGCACCAGAGUGCUGUGGACAAGGCCUUACUGAGUCCAAAUGGACACUUGGACUUGUUCCUCCGCUUCCUCCUUGGUCUUUCACUGAAGACCAACCAGAAGCUCUUAAGAGGUCUACUGACACAAACAGGAAGUGGUUCACAGACCAAUCAGAAAACAGUUGAGUACAUCAAGAAGAUGAUCAGUGAGAAUCUGUCAGCAGAGAGAAGCAUCAACCUGUUCCACUGUCUGAAUGAACUGAACCAUUGUUCUCUUGUGGAGGAGAUCCACGAGUCCCUCACAUCAGGACACCUGUCCACAAAGACACUGUCUCCUGCUCAGUGGUCAGCUCUGGUCUUUAUCUUAUUGUCAUCAGGAAAAGAUCUGGGCAAGUUUGACCUGAAGAAAUACUCUGCUUCAGAGGAGGCUCUUCUGAAGCUGGUGCCAGUGGUCAAAGCCUCCAACAAAGCUCUGUACGUGGAUCAAUAUAUAAAUAUUAAUAAGACAUAUUCUAAAGACCACAAGAGAAACAUGUUUAACCUUUUGUUCAUCACUGUUUUCUACCUCAGACUGAGUGACUGUAACCUCUCAGAGAGGAGCUGUGAAGCUCUGUCCUCAGUCCUCAGCUCUCAGUCAUCUACUCUGAGACACCUGGAUCUGAGUAACAAUGACCUGCAGGAUUCAGGAGUGAAGCUGCUGUGUGAUGGACUGAAGAGUCCUCACUGUGUCUUGUUGUCUUCAUCAGAUUCAUGUGAACUGGAACCAGAUACAAACACAAUGAACAGAAAACUCCAACUGUCUGACAACAACAGGAAAGUGACCUGUGUGACAGAAGAUCAGUCGUAUCCUGAUCAUCCAGACAGAUUUGAGUUCCAUCCUCAGCUUCUGUGUAGAACUGGUCUGACUGGUCGCUGUUACUGGGAGGUCGAGUGGAGAGGAGAUGUUUUUAUAUCACUGAGUUACAGAGGAAUCAAGAGGAAAGUAAAUGGUUUUGACUGUUUGUUUGGAAAUAAUGAUCAGUCCUGGAGUCUGAUCUGCUCUGAUGAUCACGGUUACUCUGUCCAUCACUGUAGAACAGUAACACCCAUCAGGUCAUCCUCUGUCUCUCACAGAGUAUCAGUGUAUGUGGACUGUCCUGCUGGGACUCUGUCCUUCUACAGCGUCUCCUCUGACUCACUGAUCCACCUCCACACCUUCAGGACCACAUUCACUGAACUGGUUUAUCCUGGGUUCUAUAUCUGUCAUGGUUCCUCAGUGUCUCUGUAUCAGACACAGAAAGACAUCAGGACAGAUGAGGGACAAUCAACAGCGUCUGGUGUCCACAUGAAGGUGGACAGUGCGUGUGUGUGGCGCUCCACUAUGAAUCAGAUCAAGGACAGUGAAGAGGAAGCUCCGCCCUCUAAAACCACUCUGUGUGAGGAACAUGAGGGUCAGAGGAGGAUCCAUCAACAGAGACCAGACUCUGCUGGACCUGGACCCAGCUGUGUCUCCAUGUCGAGUGACUGCUCCAUGGGUCAACCUGUGGACGUCAAACAAGAACAGAGGAGGAUCCAUCAACAGGGACCAGACUCUGGACCCAGCUGUGUGUCCAUGAAGAGUGACCAGUCUAUACAUCGUCUUAUUGACUUCCGAGAGACUCAGAGAAUUAGGAAUCAACACAAAACACAAGACUUUCUCCUCAAAGUUGACCAGCAGAGGACAGAGGUUCUCCGUGGUCAGUCUGUCCAGCAGCAUCGAGCAGACCUGGACUCCAUAAUUAAGCUGCUGGAGGAGAACAUCAUCUGCUUUGUGAAGAACGAGCUGAAGAAGAUCCAGAAGGUUCUGGAUAUAGAUCACACAGAAGUCUCAGAGAGUCAGAGGGAGGAUGAGGAGGUGUUGGAUGGUGAAAAUGAGGAGCAGAGGAGCAGCAGAGAGGCCUUUCUGAAGAUCACAGAUAACUUAUUGAGGAGGAUGAAGCAGGAGAAGCUAGCUGACUGUCUGCAGAGCAAAACCAGAGCUCCAGCUUGUCGACGUGAACUCAAAUCAAACCUAAAGAAGAAGUUCCAGUGUUUGUUUGAGGGUGUGGCUAAAGCAGGAAACCCCACCCUUCUUAAUGAGAUAUUCACAGAGCUUUACAUCACAGAGGGAGGGACUGGAGAGGUCAAUGAAGAACAUGAGGUCAGACAGAUUGAAAAAGCUUCCUGGAAACCAGACAGACCAGAAACAACCAUCAGACAAGAAGACAUCUUCAAAGCCUCAGCUGGAAGAGACGGACCAAUCAGAAGAGUGAUGACAAAGGGAGUUUCUGGCAUUGGGAAAACAGUCUUAACACAGAAGUUCACUCUGGACUGGGCUGAAGACAAAACCAACCAGGACAUACAGUUCAUGUUUCCCUUCACCUUCAGAGAGCUGAAUGUACUGAAAGAGAAGAAGUACAGUUUGGUGGAACUCAUCCAUCACUUCUUCACUGAAACCAAAGAAGCAGGAAUCUGCAGGUUUGAAGACUUUAGGGUGGUCUUCAUCUUUGAUGGUCUGGACGAGUGUCGACUUCCUCUGGACUUCCACAACACUGAGAUCUUGAGUGAUGUCACAGCGUCCACCUCAGUGAACGUGCUGCUGACAAACCUCAUCAGAGGGAAAAUGCUUCCCUCUGCUCGCCUCUGGAUAACCACACGACCUGCAGCAGCCAAUCAGAUCCCUCCUGACUGUGUUGACAUGGUGACAGAGGUCAGAGGGUUCACGGACCCACAGAAGGAGGACUACUUCAGGAAGAGGUUCAGAGAUGAAGAGCAGGCCAGGAGGAUCAUCUCCCACAUCCAGACAUCACGAAGCCUCCACAUCAUGUGCCACAUCCCAGUCUUCUGCUGGAUCACUGCAACUGUUCUGGAGAACAUGUUGAAACCCAGAGAUGGAGAAGAACUGCCCAAGACCCUGACUGAGAUGUACAUCCACUUCCUGGUGGUUCAGUCCAAAGUGAAGAAGGUCAAAUAUGAUGGAGGAGCUGAGACAGAUCCACACUGGAGUCCAGAAAACAGGAUGAUGGUUGAGUCUCUGGGGAAACUGGCUUUUGAGCAGCUGCAGAAAGGAAACCUGAUCUUCUAUGAAUCAGACCUGACAGAGUGUGGCAUCGAUAUCACAGCUGCUUCAGUUUACUCAGGAGUCUUCACUCAGAUCUUUAAAGAAGAGAGAGGCCUGUACCAGGACAAUGUCUUCUGCUUUGUCCAUCUGAGUGUUCAGGAGUUUCUGGCUGCUCUUCAUGUCCAUCUGACCUUCAUCACCUCUGGAACAAAUCUGUUGUCAGAAGACCCAACAACGAGCCAGAAGUCCAGACUAUUUAGACACAAACAUCAUCUGCACCAGAGGGCUGUGGACAAGGCCUUACUGAGUCCAAAUGGACACCUGGACUUGUUCCUCCGCUUCCUCUUAGGUCUUUCACUGAAGACCAAUCAGAAGCUCUUAAGAGGUCUACUGACACAAACAGGAAGUGAUUCACGGACCAAUCAGAAAACAGUUGAGUACAUCAAGAAGUUGAUCAGUGAGAAUCUGUCAGCGGAGAGAAGCAUCAACCUGUUCCACUGUCUGAAUGAAUUGAACCAUCGUUUUCUUGUGGAGGAGAUCCAAGAGUCUCUCACAUCAGGACACCUGUCCACAAAGACACUGUCUCCUGCUCAGUGGUCAGCUCUGGUCUUCAUCUUAUUGUCAUCAGGAAAAGAUCUGGAAGAUUUUGACCUAAAGAAAUACUCUGCUUCAGAGGAGGCUCUUCUGAAGCUGCUGCCAGUGGUCAAAGCCUCCAACAGAGCUCUACUGAGUGACUGUAACCUCUCAGAGAGAAGCUGUGAAGCUCUGUCCUCAGUCCUCAACUCUCUGUCCUCUAGUCUGAGACACCUGGACCUGAGUAACAAUGACCUGCAGGAUUCAGGAGUGAAGCUGCUGUGUGAUGGACUGAAGAGUCCUCAUUGUUCUCUGGAGACUCUCAGUCUUUCAGGCUGUCUGGUCACAGAGGAAGGAUGUUCUUCUCUGACCUCAGCUCUGAACUCCAAAUCCUCCCUCCUGAAAAACCUGGACCUGAGUAACAAUGACCUGCAGGAUUCAGGAGUGAAGCUGCUGUGUGAUGGACUGAAGAGUCCUCACUGUUCUCUGGAGACUCUCAGUCUUUCAGGCUGUCUGGUCACAGAGGAAGGAUGUUCCGUUCUGACCUCAGCUCUGACCUCAGCUCUGAACUCCAAAUCCUCCCUCCUGAAAAACCUGGACCUGAGUAACAAUGACCUGCAGGAUUCAGGAGUGAAGCUGCUGUGUGAUGGACUGAAGUGUCCUCACUGUUCCCUGGAGACUCUCAGACUGAGUGACUGUAACCUCUCAGAGAGAAGCUGUGAAGCUCUGUCCUCAGUCCUCAGCUCUCUGUCCUCUACUCUGAGACACCUGGACCUGGGUAACAAUGACCUGCAGGAUUCAGGAGUGAAGCUGCUGUGUGAUGGUCUGAAGAGUCCUCACUGUUCUCUGAAGACUCUCAGUCUGUCAGGUUGUCUGGUCACAGAGGAAGGAUGUUCUUCUCUGACCUCAGCUCUGAACUCCAACCCCUCCCAUCUGAGAGAACUGGACCUAAGAAACAAUGCCCUGCAGGAUUCAGGAGUGAAGCUGCUGUGUGAUGGACUGAAGAGUCCUCACUGUUCUCUGGAGACUCUCAGACUGAGUGACUGUAACCUCUCAGAGAGAAGCUGUGAGUCUCUGUCCUCAGUCCUCAGCUCUAUGUCCCCUUCUCUGAGACACCUGGACCUGAGUAACAAUGACCUGUGGGAUUCAGGAGUGAAGCUGCUGUGUGAUGGACUGAAGAGUCCUCACUGUUCUCUGGAGACUCUCAGUCUGUCAGGUUGUCUGGUCACAGAGGAAGGAUGUUCUUCUCUGACCUCAGCUCUGAACUCCAACCCCUCCCAUCUGAGAGAACUGGACCUGAGCUACAAUCAUCCAGGAGACUCAGGAAAGAAUCUGCAGUCUGCUGGACUGAAGAGUCCACGCUGGAGACUGGACACUCUCAGGAUGGACCAUGCUGGAGAGCAGUGGUUAAAACCUGGUCUCAGGAAGUAUUCAUGUGAACUGGAACCAGAUACAAACACAAUGAACACAAAACUCCAACUGUCUGACGACAACAGGAAAGUGACCUGUGUGACAGAAGAUCAGUCGUAUCCUGAUCAUCCAGACAGAUUUGAGUUCCAUCCUCAGCUGCUGUGUAGAACUGGUCUGACUGGUCGCUGUUACUGGGAGGUCGAGUGGAGAGGAGAUGUUUUUAUAUCACUGAGUUACAGAGGAAUCAAGAGGAAAGUAAACAGUUCUGACUGUUGGUUUGGUCAUAAUGAUCAGUCCUGGAGUCUGAGCUGCUCUGAUGUUCAUGGUUACUCUGUCCAUCACUGUAGAGCAGUAACACCCAUCAGGUCAUCAUCCUCUGUCUCUCACAGAGUAUCAGUGUAUGUGGACUGUCCUGCUGGGACUCUGUCCUUCUACAGCGUCUCCUCUCACUCACUGAUCCACCUCCACACCUUCAGGACCACAUUCACUGAACCGGUUUAUCCUGGUUUCUGUGUCUCUCAUGGUUCCUCAGUGUCAGUGUUCUCUGUAGGACAUGAAGAGACAGCAGCUUCAGUGGUGUGGUGGACGAGGUCUCACUGUUUAUAAUCUGAUGUUAAAGCUGGGCUCAGUAAUUCAUUGUUGAAACACUUUUGAAUUAUCGUCACGUCCUGAUGACCAUCAAUGAAGAAAGACACAAACAAACAUGUAUCUGUGAAAUAAACAUGACGUUCACAUCAUAAAGAAUGAUUGUCUGUCAUUAACUGACCCGCCUACCUGUGCUGCUCAUUAUCAUGAGGUACUGACUGUGCUGUGAGCGCCCCCUGCUGCUGAGA